UUAUAUGCUCAAAAACAAUAUAUUUCCGUCACCAUAGACAGGUCUGCUGUAUAUACAUGGGGCGUGCACAAGAGAAGAAAUCAAGGAAUACGUAGCAGCACUUCACGGUGAUACUCACAGUAAGUUCGUGCCCGCUACUACUCAGUGGGCCGCGUGUUUGCUGCCGGUCGCGGUGUACAACAACGGCACGGGCGCGGGCACGACUAGCUAGACCAGAUGGCGGUACUCUGUGAACUGGAAGUGCUGCUGGGGAUUGCGUCCUCGGUCGGGACUGACUGCGCGGGCGAUCUCGUCUGCCGUGUCCCUGAUCCAUUGGAACGGCAAUGCCCUGCCACAUUGACUGCUGGUGCUGGUGCCUGCCUGCGUGUAGCCAGUAGCACCGGUGUUUGCGUACUAUCUGCCUUGGGCGAAGCUCUCAGCCCGCGUGUCGUAGUCUGUCAUACCACGCAGCAACGCGCUGGUCCUGCUGCUGCGCUGACUGCGCGGGAUCACUUAACAUGGGCGGCGUGCCGAACAUCGGGGGCUCUGGUGUUGAGGGAGACUGAGUUCGCGUCCAUGCCUUCGUUACCGUGACGAUCGUUGCUGCGACCUGAGUGGACUGGCAUUGGUACGACUGCGCUUGUCAGGCAAGGUCGCAAGACGACAAUGAGCGUACUCACCUGAAUGCUCUGCCUCCUAGACACAAUAUCUUCCUCUUCCCUCGGCACCAUCCUUCGCCCCCGUCGGUGUUCUUUGCGCGUCGCCGGGGCUUGUUGCAGCUGUCGGGCCACGCGAUCGUGGAGUGUGGCGGGUCGAUUCAAGGCAGACGUCUCUUGCAGACAGACCCCACACGUAGUUUAUCCAGUAGUAGACAAAGGUGACCGGUGAGAGAUGGCGACGAGGGUGCGAGGCCAAAGGUGGUGCAGUCUGAGUGAGAGUGAGAGGAGGUGAGAG